AUGACACUUAGCGGAAAUAGUGGAGGACCGUCGAGCAGCUAUGGAACCCCGAAUGAAAGUGGAUUCGGUGGACGAUCAACCAGUCAGCCUAAUAGGGGUGGAAAUAGUAACAACGGCUAUCCAUCCGGAGGCUCAAACGGAGGAAGUUUCGGUGGGGCUAACGGCUAUCCAUCUGGAGGUCCAAAUGGAAAUGCAGGGAAUUUCGGGCACGGGGAUGGAAGUUUUGGAGGAGGAGGAGGAGGAGGAGGAGGAGGAGGAAGGGGAAAUGGCGAGGGUUACAACGAUAACGCGCAAGAGGAAAGUACGGAGCCGGCAAAAUACGAGUUUUCCUAUAAAGUGAAGGAUCAGCAAACCGGCAGCGAUUACAGUCACACGGAGACUAGAGACGGUGACCGAGCUCAAGGCGAGUUCAACGUUUUGCUUCCAGACGGUAGGAAACAGAUUGUCGAGUAUGAGGCUGAUCAGGAUGGAUUUAAACCGCAAAUUAGAUACGAGGGCGAAGCGAAUGCCGGCGAAGGAUACGGCUCCGGCGGGUCGAAUGAUAACAACGACGGUUAUUCUUCUGGUCGACCAGGUAGCAAGAGCGGCGGUUUCACGAAUAACUCAGGAUUUAAUGGAGGCGGUAGUAACGGUGGUUAUCCAAGUGGUGGCCCCGGCGAGGGAAAGCUCGGCGGAUUUAAUAGCGGAGGCGGCAACGGUUAUCAGUCGGGAAGACCAGCAGGACAAUCGUUUGGCCGAGAUAACGAUGGUGGUUUGAGCGGCGGUGAUAGCGGCGGCUACUUUUCCAAUCCUCCUAGCAAUAACAUCGGUGGCAGUGACAAUGCGAAUGUCGGAAGCAACAGACAAAACGGCGGUAAUAAUGGAUAUCAAUAUUAA